AAAAAGAGGGGAUAUGACCCUUCUUUUUGCAAGGACAAGAUGACUAAUUUUGAAGGAGACAAAGAGGAAGAAGUGCUGACCACUAGCUUGAAAGAUGUCGGUGACAUACGACCGCUACCUCGGAGAGAUCAGUGGCAAUUAUUUGAAUCUGGAGGCGUCUGAUGAUGAUCUUAAAAAUGAAGCAAAAUAUGGAGGUGGAUCUCCAAGUUCAGUUAAGAAGGGCGCUGGAGCUGCUGCAGUGUGUCUGGGGCUGCUGUGUCUUCUGCUGCUGGCUGGCCUCACAGGUGUUGUAGUCCACUACACCAAUGCUACAGGACAUCAUGAUACUGGAAUGGAUGACAUUCAGUUCAAAUACAAAAACCUGACUGAAGAGUGGAAAAAGUUACAGAGCAAUUACAGCUCCCUGACAAAAAGCAGAGACCAGCUACAGAGCGACUACAACAAUCUGACAAAAAGCAGAGACCAGCUACAGAGUGACUACAACAAUCUGACAAAAAACAGAGACCAGCUACAGAGCAACUACAACCACCUGACAAAAAGCAGAGACCAGCUACAGAGUGACAACAACAACCUGACCAAAAGCAGAAACCAGUUACAGAGCGACAACAACAACCUGACCAAAAGCAGAAACCAGUUACAGAGCGACAACAACAACCUGACCAAAAGCAGAAACCAGUUACAGAGCGACAACAACAACCUGACCAAAGAGAGAGACACCCUGAGGGAUGAGAGGGACCAGCUGAGGACUAGUAUCAGUAACUUGACUCAAGAGCAUGAACAGCUACAGAGCCGAUACAGCACUGUGGUUACAAGUCGAGAUGAGCUGCAGGAGGAAGUCAAAAUUCUCUCUGGCAACAUCACAGAAAAAGUCUGUCGCAGUGGAUGGAUAAAGUACCGCAAGAGCUGCUACUACAUCUCCACGUCACGCAAAACUUGGAGCAAGAGCAGACAGGACUGUCAGGACAGAGGAGCUGAUCUGGUGAUUAUAAAUUCCAGAGAGGAGCAGACGUUUCUCAGCAGAUUUAAUGAAAGACUCUGGAUCGGUCUAUCAGACAGGCAAUCAGAGGGGAAUUGGAAGUGGGUUGAUGGCACUGAUUUGGUAGGUGACGGUUUCUGGCAAGCUGGGGAGCCCAAUGAUGACCGUGGCAAAGAGGACUGCGUGGAGGUGGCACGCCAGACAGAUGAAUGGAAUGACUUGCCUUGCAGUACUACUGUAUAUUGGGCCUGCGAGGAAUAAGAUGCAUAAGGGGAACAUGGAGGGACAAGAUCAAUGGGCAGCAUCUUUGCCUGAUGACAUUUACUCCCUUCCAUCAGAUUUAACAGUACAACACACAUCCAGCAUUUCUGUCUGUUUCUGAGCCAGUGGUGACAUUUGGAUUUUGUGCACUGUGAUACGGGUUAUGACAACAUAACAAGAGGUUUCUGCUACUAAUAGGUCAUUUUGUCAGUUUGAUGUCUGAAAUUAUUUGAAAUGUUGCUUGUGUGAGUAUGUGAAUCAGUGUGAAACAGUUUCAUGAAUGACUGAUAAAAAUUUAAGUCUUCUGUCUUUGUUGUGCUCCUUUAAUUAGUUUAUACACUUGCUACAAAUGCAUCAUUUCCCUACAAAUAAAUAGUUUAAAUACUGUACGCUGUAUUUGUACUUGCUAAAGCAUUAUUGGUGGUUACUUGUGAGAGUCGUAGAUGUAGCUAAUUUAAAUGCAA